AUGGGGGAAGUGAGCUAUGUGUGGGCACAGCAUGACUUUAUCCCCGAGCACGACGACGAGAUCGAGUUUCGGGCCGGGGACCGCAUCGAGAUUAUCGAACGAGACGAACUGUACGGCGAUGGAUGGUGGCAGGGACGAGUGAAUGGCAAGACCGGCCUGUUUCCCGAGGCGUAUACGUCGCGUGAGCCGCCUGCGCUGACACAUGGAGCACCCUUGCACGCACUGGCCGAGGAGGCAAGCGACGAGGAGAACGACCGGACGAAAGAGCAGCAGCCGAGGGGAGACGAAAUGGCCGCCACUCUCACCGACGUCCAGGCCGCCAUCGAGCAGCUCGGAGUCCGAGGACCCGGGGGAGCGUCGCGCUCUUUUUCCUUUGCCUCCACCCGCACCGGCGAGACAGAGUCUGAGCCAGAUGCGGACGACGAAGGCGGCUCCUGGCACCGCAACGCCCGAUCUGCUCUCGCUGCCGCCGCCGCCAAGAACAACAGCGACACCCAGGAGCACUGGAACCCUCCACCGCCCAUUCCCCUCGAAAUGAGCGACGAGAGCGACGACGAGGAUGAGCACCAUGUCCGCGGAAAUGACUUGAUUGCUCGCGCCCAAUCACCUCCCCCUACCACUUUCCGUCCCAAAUCUCCUCAAUAUGUCGUUCCAUCUCCCUCGGAUCCGGACAGACCUGACAGCCCCCCUCUCACCGCCACCGCGACCACAUUCAAGGGCCGGAUCCCCUCCAGUCCCCCUCGCUCCCAGACACCCCGUGCUACUUCGCCUCUGAGCGUGCUCCCUACCAGUCCCAAGAAGUCGUUUGUAUCCAAGGCUCCUACCAUCCCAACCCUCACCGACAGCCCAGAAGACUCGCCGGUAAUUCCAUCCUCGCACCCGCCUAGCGAGUUUGAGUCUCACACCCCGGUCCCCAACACCUCGGUUGCCGCUACAACCCCGUAUCCACCGGUCCAAUCUCUCGCUGCCGCACUCCGAUCCGCCUCUCCUGGCCUUGCUUCAAAUUCAUCUGUAGUGAGGUCAUCCUCGCCUAUCGUACGAUCCGCCUCUCCCGCUCCUGCCCGGUCCACGACCUCGCUCCCCACUCCUAUCACCCCUACCCUCACCCGUUCCCCUGCUCCCUCGGUUCUCAGCUUCACUUCGGGUCGCCAUAUCGACCGCCGAUCGAGUUCACCCUAUCCACCCCCUACUAGCGAUCUUCCCGCUCUCCCGCCCAAUACACCCUACCACCCCAACGAGAGCACGGCCAGUGUUUACACCCCUUCGAUCCCCCCAAGGGAGAUUCCCAACCCUGCACCCAACGGCCGCAAGUAUACUGGCACUGCGAUUGGUCUUCCCUCCCCAGCGACCUCGGCAAGUGGCAUGGGCGCUGGUCCAGGUGCCAGCCUCAGCCCCACCAGUGCCCGUUUCCGACAGGCCAGCACAGGUAGCGAUGCACCCACGCCCUCGACCACCACUCCUCCUACUGUUUCCGCGCCCUUUUCCCAGACCCCCGCCACCCAAUGGACCGUCCCGCAGGUUAUCGCGUGGCUGCAGUCCAAGGGCUUUGAUGCAGAUAUACAGCGUGGUUUCCAGGAGAACGAUAUUACUGGCGACGUUCUCAUCGAGUUGGAUGGUCCUGCCCUCAAAGAUGAACUCGGCGUCACCGCGUUCGGGAAGCGCAUGCGUUUGUUGAAGCAAAUCGGCGAGCUGAAGCGAGAGGAAGAGAAGAGCAAGGAAGUCACCAAAGAAAAGUCUAUCAUUGGGUCCAGAUGGAGUGGCUCUUCGCGACCGGCGAGUGCCAUUGGAGAUGACGAAGACCGAUUAAAGGUUCGGCCUACUGGCACCCGCCCCACUUCUCUCGUACUCUCACCCAGCGACGGCGCUUUGGCCACGCGUGGCUUUUGGGACUCGACACGCUCGACAAAAGACGAGCGAGGCGUUCUCAGCGAGGGCGAGUCGUCCCGCAAGCCCGACAUCACCAAAGCCAAACAAUUCUUCGAUCAACCCCAAUCUCAGCCUACGCCGACAACAACCAUCAAGACCGACACCAAGACCGAUCCGUCCGAGGCAGGCUCAACUCCGAUUUCCAGCUUCCCUCCCAGUCCGUCGUUUAAACGUGAAAAGUGGGACAAGGAGAAAGAAAAGGAAAAGGAAAAGGAUGUCAAGAGUGUUACCAACAGCGAAGGCGCGACCUCGCCCGGGCACGCAAAGAAGCGCAGUAUCGACUCGAGCUCGGUCACCGGCGGUGCCAGGGAUCGUCUUAGUAUUUUUGGAAGUGCGUUGGGCAAGGGUCGCAAACCCGCGCCCCGUUACUCUACGGGCGAGACGCAGCCCCCUGCCGAGGAACGCUCUCAUCGCUCGUUGUCGAGACUGUACAUGGGCGGCGGGUCGCAGCGCAAAUCCAAGGUCCCGCCAUCACCUGGUACGACAAGCACCGAAAACGAAGCCAGGAAACGUACCAUCUCAGGGCCCGUCGGACCCCUACGAAGCGCGAGCCCCGCGGGUGGAUUUAAUGUCCCCAACCGUUCGCCUGUCCUCCCCGCUCGAAAUAUCAACAACAACCCCCACCAUUCUGCCCCCGCUAUCAGUCCCGUCACGGCCGAUGGACCUGGUUCCGGCGCGCGCGCUCUCGACCAGAUUGGCGAGCCGGAUUACUCAGGAUGGAUGCGCAAAAAGGGGGACCGAUACAAUUCGUGGAAACUGCGCUAUUUCGUGUUGAAGGGUCCUCAUUUGUAUUAUCUUCGAAGUCGGACGGAGACGAAAAUCAAGGGAUACAUUAAUAUCACUGGGUACAAGGUCAUCGCCGAUGAGAACGCCAAUCCUGGUCGAUAUGGAUUCAGGAUUGUGCACGACAACGCCAAGCCGCAUUUCUUCUCGUCCGAGGAGCAGGUGGUUGUGCGUGAGUGGAUGAAGGCCUUGAUGAAGGCUACCAUUUUGAGAAAUUAUAACGACCCCGUCCGCUCGUCUUGCAAUGUCCCGACUAUUCCCCUGGCCAUUGCCCAGCAGAUGAACCCCGCUCCACGUCCUCCUUCGCCCUCGGAGCGAGACGCCGCUCAACGAGCUUCCCGGCGCGAGAAUCCGAACCAGCUCUCGUCGCGCGACGCACGCAUUUUGAUGGGACUGCCCGAAAACGGCCCGCCGCCUGGCGAUCCUGCCGAACGACACCGGAUGAACUCGUUCUUUGUCGAGAACGGACAACAGCCGGUGUUCGAGGCUGCCGGGUACCGCGACACUAUUGGCAGCGCGACGAGUAUGAGUGCGUUCUCGGGCGGAUAUAGUCAAUCCGGCAGUGCAUUUAGCCGUGCUAGUUUGGCCGAGACAGAACAGCCGAUGUCGCCUGCAUCGGGUGCGGCGCCCACGAGGCCGUCUCGCGAGAUGAGGCCUCGGGUGAGCAAGAGCGCCAGCCGCAUGAGCGCGUUAUCCGCUGGAGAGCAGGAGCUCAUCGAGUGGGUGAACACUAAGCUGCCCCCAACGUGUCCGCUUGCCGAAGAUCUCUCGACAUCCAUGUCAAGCGGUCUCAUCCUCUUCCGUCUCGCCGAAUCGAUCAAAGAGGUCGAUUCUGGUGUUUCCGACUCGGUCUUCCCUCAAGGUCCUGGCGACGAUCGUCUCGAUGGUUUGUUCAAGCUGUUCGACUUUUUGCUUGACAACGAUGUUCGUAUGGGCGCAGUCAGCAUCAACGAUGUACGAAACGGCAACGCCGAAAAGAUUGCGCAACUCGUUCGCGCGCUCAAGACCUGGGACGAUAAGCGCCGAACGAGCGGAAAGACCAAGGCGAGCGUCGCGGCUGGACCGUGGAUGGGUAUGAGCUCGUAUUAA